UCAGUGUACUACACAACCUUACAUUUCAAUGCCUUUUCAACUCCGUCAUUGCAUUGAUACUUUACUUGGCAGCUGAGUUUUCUCUCUCUAAAAAACUCGUUCAUUUUUUCUUGUUAAUUCUUCAACUCAGUGAGUCAUCAAAGAUGAUGCACAUGACCUUUUACUGGGGCCGCCAGGUGACUCUCCUGGUGGACUCGUGGCGCACCACGACAUGGCUGGGUUACGCUCUGACUCUUCUCGUUUGUGUAGUUGCCUCCGCCUUGUACCAAUUCCUAGAGAAUCUCCGCGUCCGCAUGCGCUUCAAAGUUGUCGUGGGCACUGGCGGCUUAGCAGCAGAAGAGCCUUUGCUUCAAUCCAAGACGGGUAGAGGGAAAUUGUCGGCGGCGAGGGUAGCGCAAGCAGUGCUUUUCGGGAUGAACUCGGCGAUCGGGUACUUGUUGAUGCUUGCAGUGAUGUCGUUUAACGGAGGGGUGUUUGUGGCGAUCGUAAUGGGGCUGGGUAUUGGGUAUUUGUUGUUUAGUGAAGAUGAGAAUUUCGCGCUUGUGGAUAGCCCCUGUGCCUGUGCUUAGACACAGACAGAGACAAGAAAAAUAAACAAAGUAUGUAUUUCUGUGUUUUUUUCCUUUUUGGGUUUUGGUUGUACGUUUCUUUUACCUGUAAAAAUCUCAUCUUUGUCUCAUGUAAUUUGGGAACUGAACCAAAGAUACCAUUGGGUUCUUCUAUUACCUGUAAAAAUCUGAUCUUUGUCUUGUGUAAUUUGGGAACUGAGCCGAAGAGACAAUUGGGUUCUUCUUUUACCUGUAAAAAUCUGAUCCUUGUCUCGUGUAAUUUGGGAACUGAGCCGAAGAAACAAUUAGGUUCUUUGUCUUUUAUGCCUUCAUGCCGAUUUAGCCUCUGCUUAUCUCCUUUUGGGAAGAAAUUCUUAUGAAUCUAAGGCCUGUUGGUAAGUUGUUGCA